UAUUCUUUUGUUAUUCACUCGGAGAAAACAUCUCUAGAACCAGGUCUAAACAGCUCCAAUAAUUAUCAACAAUUCUCAGUUGCUUCUUGUUCGAAAAUGUUCUCAAACACAACUUUAAGUUGUCACACCAAACUUGACUAUUCCAACCUACUUGUGUCUUUCCAAGUGUUGGUUCAGGUAUCACUUAUCAGGCUCUGUCGUAGGGCCAUCACAAUGCACACAUGCCAUUUGCAUUUGCUGCAUAAUUAACAGCUCACAGCAAUAUAUAAGUGAGAUUUGAGAAUUCAACUUCAGCUAAGAGUACGUACAGAUUGCAGGAGGUUUUACGCAGCCAAAAUGACGACGAAUAAGUUGUUUGAUGGAGAGUCUGCAAAGGUGAUGGUGAAGGGUCUGAGAGAAACUUUUAGUAGCGGCAAAACAAAGAGUUAUGCAUGGAGGAUUUCUCAGUUGAGGAGUAUUCUCAAAUUUGUUAGGUGUCAUGAAAAGGAGAUUCUUGAUGCUCUUCGCUCUGAUCUGGCUAAACCGGAUUUCGAGUCCUCAAUUUAUGAGAUUUGCUUGAUCAAAAAUUCAUGUAAAUUGGCAAUCAAGAAACUUAAAUGUUGGAUGAAGCCAGAAAAAGUCAGUACAACAUUGUUAACUUUUCCCUCGACAGCAGAAAUCUUGGCAGAACCUCUCGGAGUUGUUUUAAUCAUUGCAGCGUGGAAUUUCCCUUUUCUCAUUUCUCUUGAUCCGGUUAUUGGAGCUAUUGCAGCAGGAAAUACCGUUGUUUUGAAACCAUCAGAAGUAUCACCGGCCACAUCUGCGUUGCUUGCAAAAUAUGUAGGGGAGUAUAUGGAUAGCUCAGCUGUAAAAGUUGUUGAGGGUGCUAUUCCUGAAACAUCUGCCCUACUGGAGCAGAAAUGGGACAAGAUAUUCUACACAGGAAACUCAAAAGUGGGACGUAUUGUUAUGUCUGCUGCAGCGAAGCAUUUAACACCUGUAGUAUUGGAGCUUGGAGGAAAAUCCCCUGUUAUUGUUGACUCAGACAUCGAUUUAAAAGUUGCCGUAAGGCGUAUUAUUUCUGGAAAGUGGGGAUGCAACAAUGGACAAGCCUGCAUAGCUCCUGAUUACAUUAUAACAACAAAAGAUUUUGCUCCAACAUUGGUUGAUUGUCUGAAACUUUAUUUAGAAAAGUUCUACGGGGAGGAGCCACUGAAAUCAAAGGAUAUAUCUCGCAUUGUAAAUUCUAACCACUUCAAUCGCUUGAUAAAAUUAUUAGACGAUGAUAAGGUCUCUGAUAAAAUUGUUCAUGGAGGCCAAAGAGACAUAAACAACCUAAAAAUUUCUCCAACUAUAUUGCUAGAUAUCCCGGAUGACUCAUUGAUUAUGAGUGACGAAAUAUUUGGUCCUUUACUUGCUAUUCUGACGGUCGACCAUCUGGAAGAUAGCUUCAAGAUUAUUAACUCGAGGCCAAAGCCACUGGCAGCGUACUUAUUUACCAACAACAAGAAGUUGAAGGAGAAGUUUGUGAGUGAUGUCUCUGCAGGGGGCAUGCUGAUCAAUGAUACUACUCUACACCUUUCGGUUCCCACUUUACCUUUUGGAGGAGUUGGAGAGAGUGGCAUGGGCGGAUACCAUGGUAAAUUUUCAUUCGAUACGUUCAGUCACAAGAAGGCAGUUCUAUACCGAACUUAUCUUGGAGAUGCACCUCAAAAGUAUCCACCAUAUACUCCUCAGAAUUUAAAAUUUUUGAAGGCUGCUAUCAAAGGCAGUUUCUGUGACAUUCUCCGAGCUGUAUUCUGCUAGUCGUAAACUGCAACUGGUAUUCUGGCUCCUGGCUGUCAUGUCUUUUAUUUCUCUUUGGGCUAAACAUCUCUUAAUCUAUAUAUCCCUGUUUAAUGUGUGUCAGUAAAACUGUAAAACAAUGUCCCUUCUCAUCUUCCUUCAAA